AUGCCACCACCAAAUAACCGUCCGUCGCCAAACCCUAUUCAGUCACAUCAUGGCCAUUCGACACAUUCGCACGCCAGCAGUCACGACCAUUCGCACCAUUCGGGCGCCGACUCUGGGCGCUCGGGGCGUAGUGUCGCCUCAUCCGUCACUGGUGCCUUUGAAUCGUCCACUUCGGAAGGCUUCCCAGUGCACGACCUGCUCGGCGGUAGCGGCAGCUCCACAUCCUCGUCUCUUCUGCAGUCCCUUCCGUCAACUGGAGUCGCUCCCAGACGCCGAACUGGUGAUAGUGGAACGCCGUUCCAGCUAACAGCUGGUCCGCUCGUCAUGGAGCCGCAGCAGGCCGACUUUGGUUUUGGCCUAGGCCCUCCAGAUCCAUGGGAGGCGCUGCUGCAGAACACGAUGGUCCCCAAUUUUUGGACUGAACCUAACGUGCCCGAGACCUCGUUCGAUUUCGAUUCGCUACUCCAGCAUGGCCCCAUGCGCCCACAGGAGAGCGCUGAGAGGCACGGAAGUGGAGGAAGAGCUGGUGCCAGUGUGGGUGGUAAUGAGGACAUGCUCGAUGUUGGAGACGUCUUACUAGAGCGCCUCAACAACAGUUAUCCAGAUCUCAGCUUGACCGCCCCAGACCUCACAGAGGCACUCGAGCUCCAUUGGAGUCUGGUGGCCCCGAGCUUUCCUUUUAUUCACCGUGGAACGUUUGACGUUGACACCGCUGCCACCGAAUUAGUCGUCAUGAUGGUCGUCACUGGUGCGGUACACAGUGACCGCCCUCGACGUGACGACGGCAAACUCGUUCGCACUGUGCGCUCAAACCUUCUUAAAGAUCACUGCGGUCUCGACAUGCAACUUUCUGCUCUUCAAGCAUACACUCUCUGCCAUGUUUUCGACACUUGGUACAGCGACACCGAGUCGCUUUUUGUUGCCCAAUGUAUGUGGCCCGUCGUCGUUUCACACAGUCGCAAAGUCGGCAUAGGCGUCGCAGGGUCGUCGAGCCCCCAAGGUCAAGGCGUGGGCGCGUGGGUCGCGUGGGCCAAGGACGAGGAGCGCCGGCGGACAGCCUACGCAAUUUUAUUAAUCGACACACAAAUAAGCACGUUCUGGUCGCAAUAUCCCAGCCGACAGCUUGCCAUUUUUGCGCACAACAUCAAUCUCCCCUGCCCCGCUACACAGUGGGAAGCGUGCACUGCCUCGGAUUGGGUCCUCGCUCGCCAGGUCGAGGGCUCUGGUGACCGCCCGGCUCGUCAGCAGAGACAGGGUUUCCAACCAGGUCUUCAUCCUAAGUUUCAAGUCAACGUCAUCCACGAGGGGUACUCGAGCGCAGUAUUAUCCGCACUGGCAGCCGAAAGCGCCUCAUCCAAGGUGGACACAGACAACGUGUUCGCCGUCAGUCUUGUGCUUACUGGUCUCCUCGCAAUUGCGUGGGACUGUCGUACCCGAGGCGGAUUGGGCUUGCGCUUUCGCGACGGCAGCAAGCACUGGCGCUCGAUUGUUCUCAACGCAGUCGUCAACUUGCGCGCCGAGCACGAGGUUGCAACCGCCCAUCUCCCGCCUAGCGUCGAGAACCGCGACCUACGCGACAGCAUCGCGAUCGGGAUCAUCUCGAUUCUCAGCGACAUCCCAAUGCUCCAGGUCGCGGCCGGCUCGACGAGCGUAUGUGGCGCAACCAUCGGGCUGACGCAAUUUACCGACGCUGAGCGCCGCCUCAAAUUAUGGGCGCCAACGCCCGACGCGUGGACAUGCCUCUGGCAGAGUACCCGGUACCUUCGCGACGCCCUUUUUUCCGACUGGGGUACGUACACUCCCUGGGCCGUGUUCCUCACUACGCUGGUCGUGUGGGGCUACGCCUCGGGGGCCGACCGCACGCUAGCACCACCCUCUCCCGACCUAGGAGCGUCAAGUAGCGCAUCCGCGCUACUUGAUGGCAUCUUCCGCUCUCCAGCACGUGUGGACCUCAACGCAGGCGUGACAGAUCUUUUGGCCACCGCUGCCCGCCGCCUCAAUGACCUUGGUCAGCCCCUUGACCGCGAGUCCGCCGCCCUCCUCUGGCGCCUCGCUGGCGGGUCGGGCGAUCCAUCGCUAUCCCCAACGAGGUACGCUACAUGGCGUCGAAUCUAA